UAUAGCUACAGACUCCUAGUUAGACGAAAACGUAAACAUGCUGCUGAAUCGUUGACUACGAAGGCAUGUGACCGGGCUUUCGAUCACUUUAACACGAAAUAGGCUAUUCUUACUGUAUUUAGCAGUUCAAAAGGGCAGACGCGCAAAAGCAGCCGAACUGCACCAUCAGCAAUACGAUUUGUGUUUAUGAAUAUCUUGACAGUUUGCCGAUACUUAAGACCCGAGGUCUCUUUAUAUCUUAGCUGCAAUAACUAUUGCAAAUAAAUCAGAUAUUUUAACGUUUUAAUCUGUCGUUGGCAGAGGGUCGAGUCAUAUAAAAGUUAUCUUUCCAAAACCCGACUAAAAUCGCCGAUUUGCUAGAUCUCUGCGGUGGAUCGCCACAACUACUCGCUGGGGUUUGGUGCAUUUUAUAGGCUACAUUUUUAACUGUUUACCUAUUGCAGCGUGUGCCACAUAAGCAAAAACAGGCUAUGUCGGUAUCCACACGCCUGAUGUGUCUGCACCUCUCUUACCAACGUGCUGAUAUUUGAGGCUUUCAUGAAGGGACUUUACAUGAAAAGUGGGCUACGUAAAUUCUUCCUAACACUGUAAAAGGGAAUUUUUUAGAAAGUUGAGUUUGAUAGAAACACUGUCCCGGAUAUCCUGACUAGCUUCAAGUGGUGGGUGGAGGAAACAAGAAGGUGGCGUUGAUGUGUGAGAAUCCGGCAGUUAGUACUAGAGGGACCAGGCAGAAAUCAGUUGUCUCAGAAGUAAAGGCUAGGGUGAGAAGUGGACAUGUCGUCGUCUUUAAAGUCGUGGGCUCUGCUUGCGUGUUUCGUCCUGUUGUACAUAACUUACCUCUUGCUUGGAGCUCUCGUUUUCUCCAGCGUAGAGAAACCCGAAGAGGAGAGACUGAGGAGGGAACUCGGUUUUCUAAAAGCAGAGUUUCUCAACCACAGUUGCGUGAAUAUAACAUCCCUCGAAAACUUUAUGGAAAAGAUUUUGAAUGCGAAUAAGUAUGGGGUGUCAAUACUUUAUAAUUAUUCCGAGAGCUCAAAUUGGGAUUUAGCUUCAUCAUUGUUCUUCGCCAGUACGUUGGUAACGACAGUAGGAUACGGUCACACCACGCCCCUGUCGGACGCUGGCAAGGCCAUGUCCAUCCUCUACGCCUUUGUGGGGGUCCCCUUCACCAUGCUGGUGCUGACCGCCUGCGUGCACCGGCUCAUGCACCUGUUCACCUACUGGCCCAUCGCCCUGUGCCAGCGCCGGGCCGGCUGCCUGCCCAGGACGGCCGCCUCCGUCCACUUCCUGGUCCUGCUGGUGGUGGUGGUGCUCUGCUUCCUGGUGGUGCCGGCCAUCCUCUUCUCCGCCAUCGAGGAGAGCUGGUCCUUCCUGGACGCCUUCUACUUCUGCUUCAUCUCCCUGUGCACCAUCGGCCUGGGCGACUACGUCCCCGGGGAGCAGCCCGGCCAGAAGCUGCGGCCGCUCUACAAGAUCUCUGUCAUGGUCUACCUGUUCGUGGGACUGAUGGCAAUGUUCCUGGUGUUACGCGCCUUCCACAAGCUGGCGGACCUGCAGGGGCUGACGGCCUUCUUCCAGCUCUCUCACUGCGAUGAAGAGGAGGAAGACGAAGAGCCCAUCGUGGAGACGGGCCCCAAAGACCAGCCUGAUGCUGACCGGGCAUCCAGCAAGCCCCUAGACCCCAGCUCGCGGGUGUCCUACAACUCAAUCAACAGAUAGGGACUGCCCCCCCACAGGUAGCGCCCAAUUUCCCCAUAGGAAAUGCUGCACAGCCAGGACUGACAGACACAGUAGCGUAUCAAACCUGGACAGUCAGGACAGACGGACAGACACAGCAGUGGAUCAAAC